CCCUUUUUGUCAUUUGUAUUGUGUUUUUGUGGUGACAUUCAUAAGCCUUUUCAUUGUUAUCUUCAGAUAAUUAUCACCACAAUUAGUCACCAAUCAUGUCAUCAGAAGAUUUCUCGACAAAUGUGUGCCAAUACUUCCGCCCGAAGACGUUGAACGGAUCACCGGCUAAGACAGUGAAUGGAUCACCGAUUAAGACAUCUCGUCGAUCCCCGUUCAAGACAUUGAGGUCGACACCGGUUAAGACGUUGAAUGGCUCACCAGUUAAGUCAAUGAGUCGAUCACCAGUUAAGACACCGAAGACAUCACCGAACAAAUCAAAUGCCAACCCAAAGGCCAACCCAAAGACAUCGGCAUUUGACUCGAGACGUAACCAUUUGCUGAUGAAAUUGAUGUCCAAAUUUGAUGAUAAGAUGACACGAGUGAGAGAUCGCAUGUUUGAACCACUGAUGCAAUCGUUGUUCACAUUUGUGUCCCAAAACUGCUUAACCAAUCAAAUGAGAGAAACCAGUUUUGAGACCAAAUUGACGGCUAAUGUGGGACUCAUUCCCACGGCUUUGCUAUCAAUCGGCAUGAACUCAAGUGAACACAAAUUCAUUUGCGAUCUCCUGAUGGAAACCAUCCAAGACUUGACAUCAGUUGUCGUGUAUUUGAAUCGCUCGCAAAACGCCAAAGAUAUGAGUCUUAUCUUCAAAGCCAUCAGUGACUCCAUUCUGACCACAGAAGUCAUCGAGAGUGCAGACCUCGACGAACAUCAGAUCAAACGCAUGACAUUCGGCUCACUGUUCAGGAUAUAUGAAGAGAACGUGUUGGCCAUCAAUACCAACAACUUUUGUCCGCCAAUUGUCUUGUUUUUGGAUGAGAUCGAGUCGUUUGACCACUCGUUGGUCACCACAUUGAUCCUCAUUCUUAAGGAAUACAUGCAAACCAUACCAUUCAUACUGAUUAUGAGUAAAUCCAACGAAACAACUUCUUUGCAACAUUUGUUGCCCUCCAGUGCCACCGAUUAUCUCCUCGUAAAUAACUUCCAAUCCGUGUCCGGCCAUCAAGUGGUCGAUGAGAUAAUUACAGAACUGUUUAUACAAUCAGACAUUCGGUUUAAAUUGGGACCAAAUGUCUUAGAUUUUAUGCUUAAGAUGUUUGAAAAUCAAUGGACGUAUUCAUUAGAGAUGUGUUUAAGUGACAAUUCCGUGAACUCGGAGACACCGCAACCAUUGAUCAAAACAUUGAUAACUCGUCGCAAACUAUUGAUGGGAUUAGUGGAUGAGUCGCCACCUAAGCCGCAAGUUGUGGUCGAAAAGGCUGAGGUGUUGGAGCUCAAGGAUAAGUUGGCGAAACUCAAGACCCGUUCGCAGUGGAAGGAAACGAUUAAACCGUUAAAUAAGCCGAAAAUGUUGUCCAAGUUUGAUGUUUGGAGGGAUGAGACGAUCGCCUCUAUCGGACAGAUACUAAACGCUGCGACACAUCCCAUGUCUCGUCCUAUGAGUCAAGUAAUCUUCUUCGACGCCAUCGAUUCGGUAAAACAGCGCCUAUUUGUGGACCAGAGAAGUGAUACCCAAAAAAGUCUGUCCACUCCGUUGACUGACGCGAAGCGAUCGGAGACUGACUUUCAUAUACUUCACUACAUAUACAAUGACAGCCAAGCGGUGGUCAAUAUGUAUGACUGGUUCCAGACGUUUGUAGAGCUAAUCACACCAUUGACGACGAGUCCCGCAAAGAAAAGCAAAACCGAAGGUAAAAGUGAUGAAAAUAUCGUCCGCUUUCUGAACGCUGUGUCCGAUUUUGAAUACAUGGGACUCUUGGAGUCAUCUAAACGCAAAACCGAUCAUUUGAAUCGAUUGGACUGUCCAUCAAAUCAGGCCUACGAUAAAUCGGUGGACGGCCUACACAUCAAGAAGGAGUGUGCGUUAGCCCCGUGCCAUUUGCGGGACCCGAAGCUCGUGUUCAUCACAUUUGCCGAUCAGUGCAAAAACAAUGACGACGACUGCAUCUACUGCUGCGGUACCGACGGCUGCAACAAAGACGGCUCAGCCCUCAUAUCUGCUCACAACCUACUGAUAGUAACUAUGCUUUUCAUUAGCUUUCUAGUCGUUAAUUCCUCGCCAAUUGCCGUCAAUUAACUGAAUUUUCUCGCAAAAUAAAACUCAAAUACCUCUGAGAAUUGAGAGCUCUAUGUCUCUCUCGACCAUAAGAUUAUAUUGAAUAAGUUAUACUUGAAAUUCAUAUCAAAUGUUACUAAAAAACAAAAUUAUAGCUCAUAAUGAACUCAGUAAUACUCUUCGGUAUUAAAUGAGUAGAAACUUUUGAAACUUAAUUCAACUCUGGAAUAC